GACGUUUGUGCACGGUGAAAUUCGCGCUACAAUUUACAAACGCGGCAAACGUUGAUGUUGAAAUUUUAGUAUUUAUAAACAAAGACGUUUACACAUGUGGCCAGGUGGCGCGUGCGGCGUUAUAAAGCUCGCAUCUCUGUGCAGUGUGUUGGUACAGUACACAUACACAUAUCGAGGUGGAAGCCCCGAUAGGGUAAGCGCGCUUCAAUCGAUUUUUCCCUCGAGAGACAGGAGGCACAAUCUUGACUUACCUACACCGUGCUUACGCUCAUUAAUGUAGUAUCUCGCAUACAUACGUAAAAGUAGAGCAGGCGCGUUUACUGAAAGGAAAAAAAAGAGUCAUAUAAAGCUCGUACUCGGCAGGAAGCACAGUGGCAGUUAACGCUGAUAAGAUAGAAUUUAUACAGGCAUAAUAGAGACGGCGUACGAUACAAGUCCAUGUGGAAAAAGAACGACGAUGAUUGUUUUUGCGCUCAUCGUCGGGAAGAAGUAACGAGCGCAGUCGUUAUCAGUGGCACCGGAUCGUCGCAAUCAUGGACGAAGCCAGGAGCGGUGCAGCAGCGGUCGUCGUGGAACCGACGAGCAACGACUUCAACGUGACGACGACAACGACGAGUUCCUCGGCCAAUUCGUCCUCGCUAACUACGUCCCGGGACGCAAUGGAAGAGCUCGAGCGCAGCAUGAGCGAGCUCGACGUCAUGUCCGAGGAGGAAGGACCCUCGGGCGAGCGAUGGGAUCCCGUGGGGGCCACCAACGGCGACGAGGACUUUCUCGAUCUCGAGUGCAAGCAUCGCUACAGCAUGGAAAAUCAUUGCGCCGAUUUGGAAAAGCUUCGAAUGCUCGAAGAAGAACAAGAAAUGUUGAACUCAUCUCUCAUAUCUUUAACUACACAUUUUGCUCAAGUUCAAUUUCGCCUUAAACAAAUAUGUGAUGCACCUACGGAUGAAAAAGAAGAAUUACUGAAAGAACUCGAAGAGUUCGCUUUUCGAGGAAUCCCCGACAUACAGAGUAAUUUAAUUUUUAAUUCUCAGUCAUCAAUGCCGUCGACACCAUCUCAUAAGCGAGACUCCAGUUUACUGGAUAAUCAUGAAACAGAGAAAAAAAUGGAAGAACAACGGCAAAAACAAAAAGAGCUGAUCAACCAGCUCAAGUCGCAAUUAGAGGAUUUGGAAAAAUAUGCUUACGAAACCGGCGAUGCAGAUUUACCUCAAAGCAUCAUUUUGGAAAGACAAAAUUUAAUAAUAAAUCAUCUUAAGGAAAAAUUGAACUUCAACGUAGAAGACUUAGCAAAGCUUUCGGGCGAUGACCUCAAGUGGCAAGUAGAUUUUGCUAUCAAUCAGAUCGUUAGUCCUUUAAAAAUGAAAGAGCAGCUGAUCACGCAGUUGAAAACGCAAAUAACCGAUUUGGAACGUUUUAUUAAUUAUCUUCAAGGCGAAGUGAGUUCUGAAACAUUAGCUUGCACUUGUGCGUGUCCUGUGCACAUGAACGGAGCGACGAGUAAAAGUCACCGAAAAAGGGCCUUUAAGAGUGCUUCCACGAACGACAACAGCAGCACCACGAGUUUAAGUACUUUUAGAAAAAUCGUGGCCCUCUUGCACAUGUACUUGAUGUCACAGAUGGGCUGCGAUAGUUCCUGGCAAGCCAGUCAGCGCAAAAAAAAAGAUGGUAUCUACGGUUGGCGUGAUUUAAGAACACGACUCGACAUAGCCGUCCAGUAUGUCCUCGAGAUCGUUACCGAAAAUCAGGCAAAAGCACUAAGCCUGCCUGAGGCUGAAGCGAGUACGUCCACUGUCGUCGCAGUCGACGAUAGCUCCUAUCAUUCGGAUUCGGAAACUCGUCAUUACGACGCGAGACUAACUACUGCCGUGAGAAAACAUUUAGCACUUUGUAUCAGAGAUCUCAUGCAGCAUGGAGCCUCUAAUGACUCCAAUACUACCAGUUUGGUACCCUUCGUUGCCUGUUUCGCCACUAGAUCUCACAAUCCUAAUAAUUCUAUGCAUGCCUGGGAAAUUAUUCUCAAGUACUACGAGAUCAAAAAUGGCCAUAUGUACAACUCCAUUCCUGCUUUGAAGCUUUCACAGAGUUUUAAUUUGGAUCUUUGUGCUAGUCAGUAUGUGAGUUCCAAACAAAGCCUCCUAGUUACAAUUGGGAACAUUAUUGCUUUGCAUUCACCUUUCAAGAGGAGCAAUGAUUCCAACUUCAAAGCAUUCAUAUGCGCUGCUUUAAAUGCUAAUAAAUUAGUAACUUGGCUAAAACUUAUACUCCAAUGUCAGUAUUUGCUAGAAAACUACUACAUGCCUUGGAGUUAUAUUAUCAAGACUGGCUUUAAAGAUGCCUUUCAUACCUUGGAUAAACUAUCAAAAUACAAAUUUGAUUUGCCAGUUGACUUGGCAGUUCAACAGUUCCAUAAUAUUAAAGAAGCAUUCUAAUAUAAUUAUGAAAUAAUUCUGCAAA